UUGUAAAUUAUAAGACACAUCAGUUGAUAUCUAUUUACAAUGACAUCCCCUGACAGCAAAAUAAAAGAAUUCUUCCGGAAAUUUACUUUAAUCACAUAUUUAUGUGGCUUGGCAGACUUUUGGAUCGAAGAUCUAGAUCUGCCAACACAAUUCAUCAAGUGUUACGAUACAUUCUGCAAGAUUUUCAAUAAUUUCCUGUAUUUAUAUGUCAUAGCACAGAUACUUUCGUUGUUCACGCAACACAACCUGACGGAGAAGCAGAGGAAUUACCAGCUUAUGUUUUGCGUGGCGCAUCCUUUCGUAGUGACCUUCCCUACAUUGAUAGCCAAACAUCGGAAGAAGUUACAGAGUGUGUUGUUCCGGCUUGUGGUGAGCCUAAAGCUGGUCUACAACGACCUGGACAUCGAAAGGGAAAUGAUAAAAAGAAUUAAAUUUUAUUUGUUCGCCGUCUCCGCCCCCUUUUGGAUUUCUAUGAUUUCCUAUUGUGUCGAUUCAUACGUACAAGUUGUAACAUCCGGUACAACAUUCAACAUAAUGAUACUGGCGUGGCCGUUAGUUGACGAUCACUCCGUAAUAGCCAGUUUGGCAAGGUUCAUCUACCACAUCAUUUGGAUAUUGUUCGAGACGCGAGUCACCGCGGCCUACGUGAUGGUCAUAUCACUGACCACUUGCAUCAGUUAUCAGUACAGGAACUUGCGAAGUUAUUUCGAAAGUAUACACCAUGUUUUCGAAGAAGACUUAACGCAAAAGGAGAAGGAGAAGAAAUACGAAAAAUUGUUAAAAAUUGGUAUACAGGCGCAUUCGGAUACUUUAAGAGUCACAAAGGACGGUACUGAAGCGUGCAGCGCCGUGCUCAGCGCACAGGUCUUGUUCAAUACAGUGUUUCUGGUUAUCUUGAUGUAUCAGGCUGUUGUAGUAAACGAGAACCGUUCCUUAGUGAAGAUGUUUUCGACGCUAUGCACGGUCAUAACUCUGCUCUUCAGCACUUGGUUCUUCACAUGCAACGCUGGAGACGUCACUUACGAGGCGUCUCUGAUCGGUACAGCAAUGUACACGUCCGGAUGGCAGAAUUGCAGGGGACUGUCGUCUUUAAGCAUCAGAAAACUACUCGUCAUCGCCUUAGCCCGUGCACAGGAACCAAUAAUCCUAAAAGGUUUUUGGAUUUUAACAUUAUCACAUCAGUCGUUUCUGUCGAUUGUUAAAUUUUCGUAUUCAAUAUUCUCGCUCCUAAACGCGAAGACUCUCAUCGUUACCGCAAUGGCUCUGAAAUAUCCUUGGAAUAAAUCAAAAGAAUGGUUCGGGAGGAUUGUUUUCUGGGCCUACCUUUCGGGUUUGCCAAACUUUUGGAUAGAGGACCUGAAUUUCUCUAAGCAUUUUAUGAAAUUUUACGAUAAAUACGCUAGAGCACUUGACAUAAUAUCAUGCAUAUUCGUCCUGUUGGAACUUCUCUCAGUGUUUACACAACAUGAGCUAUCUAAGAAACAGCAAACCAUACAGAUUCUAUUCUGUGUUGGUCAUCCGUUUCUUUGCUUGUAUUCGGCGUUGAUGGCUCACUACAAGGAGAAAACGAGAGAAGUGCUUCUAGAGCUAGUAAUAACCCUGAAGCAGGUCCACAACGACCCCAACGUAGAGAAGAUGAUGAUAAAACAGUGCAACAUGUAUUCUAUCGCGUUCACGUUCAGCUGUUUUUGUUCAAUGCUGUUUUAUUGUGUUGAUUCGUUAAUACAGGUGUUGAAAACUGGUGUAACAUUUAAUGUAGUGAUACCGGUUUGGCCGAUCAUCGCGGAUAACUCAGUUGUAGCAAAUGUGGCUAGAGUACUCUACCAUAUCGUCUGGAUAAUAUUCAUGGCUAAGGUAGCGUGUGUCUACAUCAUCGUGAUAUCGUUGAGCACCUGCAUCAGCCACCAAUACAAAAACCUUCAGAAGUACUUCGAGAGCUUGAAUGAAAUAUUCUUAGAUGAGAAUUUAAAGCAAGACGAGAAAGAAGCUAAGUAUGAAAAGAAGUUUAAGAUUGGUGUUAAGGCGCAUGCGCAAACUUUACGAGUUACAAAAGAAAGUCAUGAAAUUUGCAACGACGUGAUAAGCGGGCAGAUUGUGUUUAAUAUAAUCAUGUUAACAAUUAUAAUGUAUCAGACAUUCAUAAUGACUAGGGAACGUUCGUUGGUAAAAAUGAUGUCCACGGCAACGACAGCCAUGACCGUUUUAUGCAGCACCGGGUUCUUCAUGUGGAAUGCUGGAGACAUCACAUAUGAGGCGGCUCACACUGGCACAUCAAUGUACUCGUCGGGUUGGCAGAACUGUUGCAGACAAUCUUCUAUACGGGUCCGGAAAUUGCUUGUAGUUGCCAUUGCUCAUGCGCAAAAUCCUGUUAUCAUGCGAGGUCUUGGGAUCAUAGAGUUGUCGCACCAAUCUUUUGUAUCGAUCGUCAAAUGUUCUUAUUCACUUUUUUCACUGCUGUAUUAACAGGAAGAGCUUGCUGUAUUUACGAGAAGAGGCUAAGGAAUUCGGAACACAAAGAAAAGUCACAUACCAACUAGACACUAACAUCGCUGAGAAACACACGCUAUAAAGAUGGCAAGCUACGAAGGAAACAAAACCAAAGAUUUCUUCUAUAAAGUGGCAUUACUUACCUACCUGUUCGGUCUACCAAAUUUCUGGAUCGAAGAUUUUAAGCUGCCGAAAUGGUUUAUGAGAUCAUUCGACAUUUUCACUAAGAUUAUAAAUAAUGUUCUUUAUUUCUUUAUAUUAAUGGAGAUGAUAGCAUUUUUCACCCAAGAAAACUUGUCGGAGAAGCAAAAAUCUGAUUUAUUGGUGUAUGGAAUUUCGCACCCUAUACUUUACAGCUAUCGCGUAUUUAUUUCGUACAAGGAAGAUAAUUUAAGAGCAGUGCUGUUGGACCUGGUUGUUACUCUGAAGAAAGUCUACAAUGAUGU